AUGGUAAUAAAGACGGACGCAGAAGAAGAUGGAUUGGAGAUGUCGUAUGAGUACUCUUCUUCAGAUAUACAGGAGUCGCUUUCUUCAGACAUACUAGAGUAUGAGAAGGAGUACUUUGCUGAGAGUAUGUCUGAAUCGAGCGAUGAGAAGGAGGCUGGUGCAUGGGAAGACAGCGAUGAUGAUGAGAAGCUGCGCAAGAGCUAUCAUGGCACAGCAAGUUGGCUUGGCGAAAAGAAGGUAAGGAAGCAAAUAGAGAUUCAGAAGAAGAAGCUCAAGUUUGGAUAUGAGCGACAUGUGUUCAGCUGUCAAUGUAGAAUCAAGCUUGCAAAGGCGCAUGAUGAUUACCUGGUGCUUGUAGAUGCAUAUAAUAGCAUAUAUAUUCUGAAGAAUUUUGAGAUAUGCAAGGUACUCAGGAUUGAGAUGUUUGGAGCGUCUGAUUUUGUGUUUGUUGAAGGAGGUGUGUUAUUUUCAUCACUGAAGUAUGGUGGAUUCAAAGAGGUUGCAUUUACAGGUGAGGUUAAGGACAUCAAGGUCCGAACGACUGAAUGUAUAAGGAAGAUGAUCAGCGUUGAUGAUGGGAUAUAUGUUAUUGGGGAGCAAAUCGUACUGUUGAAUAAUAACUAUGGGAUUGUGGAGCAGUUUGACGGGCGAUUCCGAGAUGUUGCAGUUUCUACAGAUGCACUGUAUUGUCUAGGCUUCAAUGGAGAUGUAGUUGUGAUGACGCGAGACCUACGGCCAAUUACUAAGAUGAACUUUGAAUACAAGUUUGAUUUCAAGUCUAUAUACUUUGUGAAUGGAAAGGUGGUGGUUGGAAUGAGCCUAGGUGUCAAGAUUUUUGACCGACACAUGAAUCUGUUGAAUGAGGCUAUGAACAUGAAGGAUGAGAUUACAGGAUGUAUUGAAUAUGACGGGUAUAUUUUGUAUGGGUCUGACUAUUCAAACUCAUUGAAGAUUGUUCUUCCCGACCUGAGGAGUUUUGAUGGGUUUCCAUUCAACUCGAUCCGUGUUUCGCCAAUGAAGGCAUUGGUUUCUGAUGGAAAGAGUAUUAUCAUUUGCUAUAGAAAGGCUGUUGAUGUGCUCAGGAUGAAGGUAGAGUAA